GCCCGGGCGCCUGCGCAAUGCGCCCUGUGCCCCCUCCCCGCGAUCUGGCCGGACCUCGGAGCGCGCGGGCCGGCGGCGGCGCGAGCGGCUCGAGAGCGCAGCCGCUCAAAGCCUGGGGAAGUGAUUGCUCAAAGGGGGGGGCCGGAAGAACCCAGGUUUCCGCGUCUCCCGCCCCACUUCGGCUUAGUGGGGAGGGGCCGAGGCGGGACGCGCUGUCCGCCCCCGCCCCCACCCCAUUGCAUCUGGCAGCUGCUCAGCACUACCGGUCGCAGGGGAGUAGCUACGACCCCCGGCCCCAGCAGAUCGGGGACUCCAGGCGCCGGCCUCCCUCCAGAGAGCUGCAGGAGUACCUCCUGCUGUCUGACUCGAGUCCCUGCUGCUGCAGUGCACGCCCCUUCGGCAGCCAGGGUGGGGCCCAGGGCGAACCUGGCCCCUCCCGCCCCCACCUCGCCUUUGGGUCACUGACCCCCAGGCUGUGGUGAGGGUCCCGGAGCUGGCACCACGGAGCCCGGGCGACCUCCUCCACCCACCCAUGCCCACCCCGCAUGAGGCUGAGAAACAGCACGGCGGGCCGGAGGCGGCGGGCCGGCCACCCUCGAUGUCAGGCCCCGAUGCUGCCACCCGGGCCGCCCCCGGCCGCCCCCCUUGCUGCCUGUGCUGGUGCUGGUGCUGUGGCUGUUCGCGGAAUGAAGAGCGGCGGAGAGCAUGGCGGGCCUCGCAGGAUAACAAGCUGCAGCCCCUCCCCAGCUGUGAAGUGUGUGCCACGCCAAGCCCCGAGGAGGUGCAGAGCUGGGCACAGUCCUUCGACAAGCUGAUGCACAGCCCGGCAGGCCGCGGUGUGUUCCGGGAGUUUCUGCGCACAGAAUAUAGCGAGGAGAACAUGCUCUUCUGGCUGGCCUGCGAGGAGCUCAAGUCCGAAGCCAGCCAGCACGUGGUGGACGAGAAGGCGCGGCUUAUCUACGAGGACUACGUGUCCAUCCUGUCCCCCAAGGAGGUGAGCCUGGACUCCCGAGUGCGGGAGGGCAUCAACAAGAAGAUGCAGGAGCCGUCUGCACACACAUUUGACGACGCGCAGCUGCAGAUUUACACACUCAUGCACCGGGACUCGUACCCCCGCUUCCUCAGCUCCCCCACUUAUCGUGCCCUGCUGCUCCGGGGGGGCUCCCAGUCCUCCAGCGAGGCCUAGGCUGCCCACUGCAGCAGCACAGAUGGGACCUGCCCAUGGGCAGACUCAGGUUACCUUCACAAGCUUGUGUCAGCAGGUGUCGGGCACACCUGCAGGGUCCAGCACCCCUGGGGGCAAUCCCAGCAAGAGCUCCAGGUGCAGGGCAGGCCAGAAGCCUCCGCCCCACCCGGGGGACAUAGGAGGACCUCAGGGCCCUGCUAAGAGGCAGGCAUGAGGGCCUCUGGGCCCAGGCAGCCCCCCACACAUCAGCUCCAACUGGCCUGCCAGAGCUUCAGCAUGGUGAGAGGAGGGACCCUCCCAAGAGGCACCUCAGAUCCACCAGCUUCCCGGGCCUUCUCCCCAGGCAUCCAGGAGCCUCAAGAAAUGCCUUUUCUGGAGAACAGGACCUCUGUACUGAAUCGUUUUGAGACACGAGGAGACCCUCCAACUCAGGCUGUGUGCACCCCAGAAUCAGACCCAGAACCUCAGAACAGGCUGAACACAAAAGGAGUCAGCUUCUCUUUUGUAUGUUCCUUGACUUUAAACCUGGAAAUAUGUCCUCACAGUUUUAUCAAAAACAGAAAAAAAUGUUUUCAUAUUUAUCUCCAUCUCUUACCCCCAAAAUAGAGUGUCUUAUUUGAAGUUAUUUUUUAA